GUAUAGCUUCAUAGUUAAAAAAGUUCUACUUGUGGAAAAAAGAUCCGUAAAAUGUUUAAGUUGCUUAUUUUGUUGUCAUUUUUCGCCAUGGCUUUUGCUCGUCCUGGCUACCUGCAUUCGGCACCGAUUCUAACCACUUACCGCGAGGAGCAGUUGACUGCACUGCCUGCCGCAGUGCAUAUUGUUGAGCCCUUGGUCACUACUCAGCAAAUUGUAACACCCUUACUCCACGGCUCAAUUCUCAGUCAUGGCUUGCCCUAAGUUUGCCUACGAUGCGUGUACGAGCAUAUGUAUUUAUAUACAAAUGACGGUCAGAUUAAGGCAGCGAAAAAUAUCAGAUGAAUUUGAAUGAUCAACUAAUUAAAUGCUGUUCAAUAAAGAAAUAAUAAAUAAAUCACUAUGAUAUAUGUACAUA